UGCCAGCUCCGAGCUGCAGCUCCCACCCAGCCCUCCUGGCAGCUCUGCGAGUGUGUUUUCCUUCCUUGUUUUUAAAGAACAGCUUAUCUGUGUGCCCCAGAAGGGUGGAGACUCAAAAGAUCACAAGCUUUUCCCAACGAGCUAAAGCCAGGCUGCUGACUACAAGAAAACCCACUGAGGUUUUCAAACCCUGUGCAAAAAGCAGUGAUUGCUCCAACAUGCAUCCUGGUGGGACUCUCCAGGUCCAGAAUGUCCAUUUCCAGUGCUGACAGGACCCUUUGCAAUGGUGAUGGAGCAGACUCUCUGAUGACAGUGCAUCUUCUCACCAGUGCAGGACACUCAGAGCUUCUGCAGAAAACUCUGGAUCGGCUGUUGGAGUGGCUCUGCCUGGACAUUCGCCUUUUCCAGGUGUCCCAGCGAGUUACUCCACUGAAAUACUAUGAGAGAUACCCUAAGAGAAGCUCUGGCUUUCCUGGAAUAUCUGUUCUCCUUUUCCUACAUGACGACUUGGGAGAAGAACGGAUUUUCCAGAUUCAGGAGGAAUUCCAGCACCCGCCCUGGCGUUACCAGUGUGCUCAGAUUGCCGGUGGGCAGAGCCACCCCGAUGCCCCUGCUCACCAGGACUUCUAUUGCCUGGAUGAGCAGAUGCCAGUGUGGGGCAUCAGGAGGGUGCACUGUGGCCCUGAGGUCCUGAGGGUCACCGUCUACUGCAGCUUUGACAACUACGAGGAUGCGGUGAGACUCUACGAGAUGAUCCUGCAGAAGGAAGCAACCACGCAGAAAAACACUUUCUGUGUCUUUGUCUUGUACUCGACACCAAGCAUUGCUGUGCAGCUCUGCCUGAAGCAGCUGCCCAUCGAGGUGGCUGCAGAGCCCAAGGACUCCUCAGCCUUGCAGUUCAGGGUGCAAGAAAUGGGGCAGCUGGUGCCUCUCCUGCCUAACCCGUGCAUUCCCAUCAGCAGCACCAGGUGGCAAACGCAAGACUAUGAAGGAAAUAUAAUUCUGCUUCAGGUUCAAGGCAGCUCCAAGCCCCGUGAGGCAAACCUUGGGCUUUCCCAGCAGCAUAGAAGUGCAAACAGUGAAAAACCACCGCAGGACUUGGUCCCUGUAAAAGGGAGUAAUCCUGGGUGGAGAAGCCAGGAGGUCAGAGCUGCAAAAGCUAAACCAAAAGGUGACCAAAGCAAAGCCCUUCCUCCUCAGCAAGCCGGUGGUGGCCUCCCCAGGCACUGCUGCUCUCCUCUCAGCGGCCCAGCAGCCCGGUGCUGGGGGGAUGCUCCCUCCCUCCAUAGGCAGGCGGGUACCCAGCUCCAGACUUCCCUCCAGGAGAGCCGUGUCCAUCGGGAGCCACCGGAGACCAACGUGGAUACCGGGCUGGCUGUGAGGAAACCCGGGAGUGGCCGCUGCCGCCUGCACAGCUUCUCCAGGGACCUGCGGAGCAGCCUCCUCCGGCCCCCGGCACCCAGGGCUGGGGCUGGCAGAGCCCUGGACAGGACCCAGCUGCCCCUGGCUGCAGCCAAGAGGAGUCAAGGAGCGGGGCAGAGAGCUGCGGGGCUCCUCCCACCAACGCUGCGGGACAGCCCCGCAAACAGGGCGGGGGAGGAGGAGGAGGAAGAAGAAGAGUUCUUUAUAUGACUGGAAACAAAGGUGCCAGAAGGACUCUUUUUUUUUCCCAGCUACAGCAGAGCACUUCUGUGAGCUUCAUGGCCACCGCCACUGACUUCCCCUGGAGAGAUGCUAAGGGCAAAGCAGGAAAAAUAGCAGUGCAUUUACAGAAAGGGUUUGCUUUUGGUUUGGUUUUUUUUUUUUUUUUUCUAAUGCAGAACAGAUUGGAGGAUCAUUGUGCAAUGAAUGACUAAGCCAUAUGACUCCUGGAGCUGUUCUUAGAUGCUGAAAAUAAUAUUCAGUGACAUGUUCAGAUGGGCUCGGAGGGUUUUCCCUUUGCCUGAGCUGCCUGAGCAGCAGGAUGCCCUGGCUGUGGGGGCUCAGCCUCCCCCAUGGCACAAAGCAGUGCAGGGAAAUGCCAGUUUUUGGGAAGGUUUGAAGGUGCAGCCACAUUGGCCUGAAGCACUGCAGGUGAGACAGGGCAGUCCCUGCUCUGGGCUUCCAUGCUCCUGCAGCAGGGGUUGCUUUGGGAGUGAUGCUCACAUCCCCUUGUAUUCAGGGACCUAAACCUGCAGGAAGCUGAGCAGGACACACAUUGCACUGGACACUUAAAAACCACUCCGUGUUCUCAUAAGAGCCGUAAAAUUUUGGACUUUUUAAUAAAACUU